CUCCUCCUGCUCCUCCUGCUCCUCCUCCUCCUCCGCCUCCGUGGGGAUCGGGAUGGGGAUAGAGAUGGGGCAGCGGUUUGGGACGAGCCAGGCACCCCCGGAACGCUCUCGGCGAGGCGCAGCUGGCUGAAGAGCGUCCCGAGUCUGAAAAACCACCGAGACGCAACGAAAACAUUCGAAAGCCGGCGAAAACCGACGAAGAUAGGGAUCGGUGAAACGAUACUCAGACACGGACCUAUCGCACAGCUCGUCCCAGGGAACAGGGCGGGCCCGAGUCACAUCCGCUGCUCUGGGUAGCAGAGCGCCGCUGCAGGCGCGCCGCUGGAGGCGGCGCUGGUCAGGCUGGUCACCAGCCUGUAGGUGCCGACCGCCUCGACCACGUGCGUCGAGACACCGGUUGCUCUGAGCGCCUGGCUCGCCGACGCAGUCUCGCAGGGUCCGAGUCCCGAGCCCGCCUUCCGACUGUAGGUGCCGACCCCCUCGCUUCCUGGCAGGCCCUGGCCCUCGGCGGACGCGCAGGCAGGGCUCUCGGUCGUGCCUUGGUGGCGUGCAGUCUCGAUCCACAUGUUCAUGGAGAAGAGGUGCUGGGCGUCUCCGACGAUAGCUGCCUCCACCAGGAAGAUCCCGAAGGGGACGCGCAAUAUUGCAAAGAGCAAGAAGUGCCAACACUUCAACCACUGAUGGUCCAACGCAGCUGCAGCGACAAUUACCGACACCAUGAGACAGAAAUCCAACGUCUUCGAUAAAUCUGGUACACGGCGUUCCGCACUUCAAGGAGACCGUCAAGAUGCUCGCAAGAGGACUCACACUGCAGUGCAACUGCGAUGAAAGCUGGAAGUAGAAGGGGCACCAUGUACUUCAAAAUCGUCCUGAGAAAGAUCCAGAACAUAAUCCACCGCGUUUUCGCUUGGGCCCGCUGGGCCAAGCCAGCGUCACCAAGGGAGCCGGUUGCCAAAGCGAUUGGCAAUCGGCACAGGGCCACCCAGGUGGCCCCUUGGGCCCAGCGAAUUCGCUGAGUCAAAAUGGAUUUCAUAUCUGGUGGAGCCUCAGUCAUCACCACAAUAUCGGCUGGAUUUAAGCAACAAUGUCCAUCUGCAGCCAUGCGCACGAGCAUGUCGUUGUCCUCAUUCAGGCAGUGGCGAUCGAACCCAUACUUCAGAGCAUGCUCAGUGCGCAGUAGCAAGAAUGCACCCGUCAUCCAGCCAGUGCCAAGGAGGUGUCCGUAUCCGAUGUUCAGGAAGUGUUUUAAUUGGAACUCUGCGGCCACCAAGAAGCUACCAGUGUGGAUAGAUGUCCUGCCUACGGACACUGCUGAAAUCUUCCCCUGGCCCGCCCGAAGUUGUUGGAUGCCAUUGAUCAUCGCAUCCUCCUGCUUAAAGAUGAUGUCAGCGUCCAUGAAGCAAAUCAACUCGGGCUGCGAUGCAGGAGGCUUCGCAGCCAGGAAUGCGAGCGCGGCGUUCACUCCAUCCGUUUUGCACUUCGCAUCUGGGACAUUCACUGCUUGGUACAUUGUUUGAGGAAUCAUGGAAGCAAUCCUCGCACACUCCUCCAGGCAUGCCUGCUCCGCCGUGUUUGGUAUGGGGUUGUACGUUAGCAGGAUCAGGGUGCCCUCGGGGAGGCGAACUCCUUUCCCACCCUCUCCAGCAGGCAGAAACUGGCUGAGCGUGACUGGCAAUGUGCCAACCUCGUUGCAUAUGCGAGCUGCGAUGCAAAUGCAAAGGGGCGGUCGUGAAGACGUUGAGGCCUGUGUCUGAAACGUAGCUCGGGGCAUCACCGAGCGGAAACGGCACCAAGCAAUAUCCACCAUGCCCAGCAGAUGAGGUGUAGCAUCAGUUAGUGUAAGCGCCGAAAGCCCAGCAAUCUGCACGAAAGUCAGCGUAUCAGGGGAGAGGUGCGAUGACAUGAUCACUGGCACACCGAUUACACCUACCAAGACGUAGAAAAUCACCCCAAAUGUUUGGCAAGGAGACCCUUGGCGCUUUUUGGCAUCUGAUCGUAUGUUCCACAGCAUCCAACAGAUUGUCAGUGUGACUGCAAUCCAAAGGAAAGCCACGAGGUCCGUCCGAAGAGUAAGUUUUUCCUGGCAUGUCUUGAACAUUGAGCUGACCAUUCCUGUGGUUCCGUCAGGGAGAAGUUGAGCUGCUACGCAGUAUUCGCCAAAGAAAUGUAUGCAUGCCCGUGGCGGUGCUGCCGUUGUCGAAACCGACUGCGCAUACUCGCCGAUCGAUUCCCCCGAGUCAUUGCUGUCAGGUUCCCCCUCCACGUACGCAUGAUGAGUGACGCCGUCACGGAGGCCACUACGCUCAGGUCCAGACGCCGUGACCACCACUGAUCGACGAAUGGCGGCAUCAUCGUGCACGCUGAACGGCGCGACCAUGGAGUGCGAUGAGUCCUUGCGCAUCAAGACUCCCUUAGAUACUUCUUCGCCGGGCUGUCCAUGAUGAACCCCAGUGACGGUGUUGAUACGGUCCAGCAACACAAUGAUAAUAAACGUGCGCGCAUGUGUCAUGACAGCAUGGACUAAGUACAUCGAACUGAGAAGGAGUAGGUAUGCGUCGAGUAGAUCUGGGUGCUGGGAGGAAACAACGUUAGUUUUAGUAUAUCUGGAUUGAGUAUAUUGAGGGCGUGCAAACAACGUCGGAUUGAGCAGAUUUGGAUGCUGUGCCUGAUCCAGGACUCCUCGUCUCGUCAAACUUGAGCCAGCUUG